AUGAGAGUGGAAGAGUUGAUCAUCGAUGGGUUCAAGUCUUACGCGACAAGAACGGUUAUCUCUGGUUGGGAUUCUCAGUUUAACGCCAUCACAGGUCUUAAUGGUUCAGGGAAGUCGAAUAUUUUGGAUGCCAUCUGUUUCGUGCUAGGUAUCUCAUCCAUGUCUACUGUGAGAGCCUCCAACUUGCAAGAUUUAAUCUAUAAGAGAGGUCAAGCUGGUGUUACCAAAGCUAGUGUUACUAUUGUGUUUGAUAAUUCUGAUACUGCAAAAUCACCAAUUGGGUUUGAAUCUAUUCCAAAAAUUUCUGUCACUAGACAGAUUGUUCUUGGUGGAACAAGUAAAUAUUUGAUCAAUGGUCAUAGAGCUCAACAACAAGCCGUGCUACAAUUAUUCCAAUCUGUUCAAUUGAACAUCAAUAACCCAAAUUUCUUGAUUAUGCAAGGUAAAAUUACUAAAGUUUUGAACAUGAAACCUUCUGAAAUCUUGUCACUUAUUGAAGAAGCUGCUGGUACCAAAAUGUUUGAAGAUCGUAAAGAUAAAGCUGAAAAGACGAUGGCAAAGAAAGAAACUAAAUUACAGGAAAUUAGAUCAUUGUUAAUUGAAGAAAUUGAACCAAAAUUAGAAAAAUUAAGAAAUGAGAAAAGAAUGUUUUUAGAAUUUCAACAAACUCAAUCUGAUUUAGAAAAGCUUUCACGUGUUGUUAAUGCUCAUGAUUUUACGAAAUUUUCAGCAAAAUACUUCAAGUAUAAUGAAGAAUUUGAAACCAAAAGUUCCAUAUUGGAAAACUCAUCUACAGAAAUCGAAAGACUUACAAAUGAAAUUACUAAUUUAACUGAAGAUCUUGAAAGAUUUAAGGAACGUAAGGCUCUAGAGGCUAAAAAAGGGAACAAACUGAAAGAUUUAGAAUCCAAGCAAACUGAAAUCAACAAGACUAUAACAAGAUUCAAUACAUCAAGAGGUAUUAUUUCUGAAAAUAUUAAAGAUGAAGAAUCUAAAAAGCAAGAAACAUUGAAACAAAUUAGUUGGUUAGAGAAAGAAGUUGAAAGUAAACUUACUGCUCAUCAAAACUUAGAAAAAGAAUACAAUGAAGCAAAAGAUAAGUUAUCAGAACUGAAAGCUACACAUGUAAAGAAAGAAGAACUUCUUUCAACUUUAACCACCGGUGUUUCAUCAAAAGGUAAAUCUGGUGGUUAUAACCAACAACUUCAAGAAGAAAAACAAAAAUUAGCUGAUGCAAAUGUUUCUAUACAACAAUCCAAAUUGAAAGUUGAUCAUCUUAUUUCAGAAAAUAACUCAAAUAAACCAAAAUUAGCUAAAGCUCAAAGGGAACAUGAUGUAUUUUUACAAGAAAUUAACAAUCUCAAACAAAAGCAAGCCGGUUUGGAAGAUCAAUUAACAAAAGUUGGGUUUAAUCCUUCAAAAGUUAAAGAUUUGAAAAGACGUGAAAUUGAAAUAAAUAGAGAACUUCAUAAGGUCAACAAUGAAGCCAAUUUCCUGAAACGUAAAGUUGCAAAUUUAGAAUUUUCAUAUACUAAACCAACUUCAGAUUUCAAUUCAAGAUCAGUUAAAGGUGUUGUUGCGCAAUUAUUCAAUUUAGAUGAAUCUCAAUCAGCUUCAGCAACUGCAUUAGAAGUGGCAGCUGGUGGUAGAUUAUACAACAUUGUUGUUGAUAAUGAAGUUACUGGUUCACAGCUUUUAGAAAGAGGUCAAUUAAGAAAACGUAUUACUAUUAUUCCAUUGAAUAAGAUUGCAGCUCGUACAUUAUCAGAUCAACAAGUUAAUAUUGCUAAGGAAUUAUGUCCUGGUAAAGUUGAAUUGGCAUUGAAUUUAAUUGGUUAUGAACAUGAAGUUGCUAAAGCUAUGGAAUUCAUUUUUGGUACAAGAUUGGUUUGUGAAGAUGCCGAAACUGCAAAGAAAGUUACUUUCCAUCCUCAAGUUAGAGCAAGAUCAGUUACUUUACAAGGUGAUGUUUAUGAUCCAGAAGGUACUUUAUCCGGUGGUAGUAGAAAAUCAUCAGGUUCAGUAUUGAUCAAUAUUCAAAAUUACAAUAAAGUUAAUAAUCAUUUGAAGUCAUUAAAUAAUGAUUUGAAAAAUAUCCAAUUUGAACUUGCACAAGAAUCAGAAUUAUCUGAGAAGACUAGAUCAAUUCAAAAUGAAUUAAGUUUGACAUCUCAUCAGAUUCAAUUAGCCGAAAAGAACUUACAAACAAAUUCUUCAAGUCAAAUUCUUUAUAGAUAUGAAAACAACAUUAAAGAAAUUGAAGAAUUACAAAAUAUUGUCCAAACUAAAAUAACUGAAGCUGAGAAAAUUGGUUCUGAAAUUUCAAAAAUUGAAAAUGAUAUGAAAGAGUUUAGUACAAAUAGAGGUUCAAAAUUACAAGAAUUAGAGCAAGAAGUUGAAUUCAUAGCUUUGCAGAUCUCUAAACUGGACAAACAAUUGAAUAUUGCUUCUGAUGGUUUCCAAUCUUCACAAAUUGAAUUAGAACAGUUAGGUGGUGAAUUACAAACUGCUAAAGAAUCCAUUACUGAUGUAGACUCCACCAUUCAAGAUUUACAUAAACAAUUGGCUACAGUUGAUAAAGAUUUAUCCAAAGAGAAUGAAGUCUUAAUGGAAAUAAAUGCAGAGAUUGAUGUUGAAAGAGAAAAUCAAGUUGGUAUCAACGAAGAAAUUGCUGAAUUGAAUAAAGUUUUAUCAAGUAAGAAUAAACAAAUGAAUGAUAUUAAAUUAAACUCACAAAAAUUAUCUCAUGAAGUUGAAAAAUUAGGCUCAUCAUCUAAAUCAUUACGUAAACAUCUUGAAGAAUUAAUUGAAGAAAAUUCAUGGUUAGAAGAUGAUAAUAUUGUUCAAAGUGUUAUACAACAAUAUCCAAAUGUUAAUCUGGAUGAAUGUCAUGAUCAAAUAGCAAGAUUAAAUGAAAGAUUCCAAGGUAUGAAACGUAAAGUGAAUUCAAAUAUUAUGAGUAUGAUUGAUAAUGUUGAAAAGAAAGAAACUGCAUUGAAACAAAUGAUCAAGACAAUUGAAAAGGAUAAAUCUAAAAUUGAAGAAACUAUUGUUACAUUAAAUGAAUAUAAGAGAGAAACUUUAGUCAAGACAUGGGAAAAAGUUAGUACAGAUUUUGGAUUAAUCUUUGGUGAUUUAUUACCAUCUUCAUUUUCAAAAUUAGUACCACCAGAAGGUAAAGACAUUACAGAAGGUCUUGAAGUUAAAGUUAGAUUAGGUAAAGUUUGGAAAGAAAGUUUAGUUGAAUUAUCAGGUGGUCAAAGAUCAUUAAUUGCUCUUUCAUUGAUUUUGGCAUUAUUACAAUUUAAACCAGCACCAAUGUAUAUUUUAGAUGAAGUUGAUGCUGCAUUAGAUUUAAGUCAUACUCAAAACAUUGGUCAUUUAAUUAAGACAAGAUUCAAAGGAUCACAAUUUAUCAUUGUUUCAUUAAAAGAAGGUAUGUUUACAAAUGCUAAUAGAGUUUUCAGAACUAGGUUCCAAGAUGGUACUUCUGUUGUUAGUGUUAUGUGA